GUGUGCAGAUCACGUGGUAAAGAGCUGGACCAAUAGAAUUGCGAGUCGUGUUGUACGGCCCAACUAUUAAAAACACCAGUGUCUUUCGGACGGGUUUGGUCAUUUUGAACGGUGCAGUCAACUGGAGUGAGUACAACCAGAAGUAUGGCCACGGCACAGUCAACACUGAUGUUCGCCGUCUGCAUUUUGAUGAUAACAGAACUCAUACUGGCCAGAAAGGACUACUACGACGUCCUCGGGGUGCCAAAAGAUGCUUCCGAACGUCAGAUCAAAAAAGCUUUUCACAAGCUUGCCAUGAAAUAUCACCCCGACAAGAACAAGAGCCCCGAUGCGGAAACCAAAUUUCGAGAGAUUGCAGAAGCAUAUGAAACGCUGUCCGAUGAGAAAAGAAGGCGGGAGUAUGACCAAUCAGGAUACAAUACAUUAAGCAAUGAAGACUUGAACAGAGGGGGAGAGCAGCGUUCUCCUCAUUCCUUUGAUUUUAACUUCGACGACAUGUUCAGAAACUUUGACAUCUAUAGCCAAAACAGGCAAGCUCGUUCAAAAAGGCACUUUGACGAGCACUUCAGGGCACACCAGCAAGCUGACAACCGCCAUAAGAGACACUCCCAGGGUACUUUUGGUAGUGGAGUCUUUGAGGACAUGUUUGAAGACAUGGAGAAGAUGUUUACAUUUGACCGACACAUAAAAAGGACCGAGAGCAGGUUUCAGGGCACAGCCAAACAGCACUGCAGAACGGUGACCCAGCGAAGGGGAAACAUGGUCACCACGUACACUGAUUGCACUUCAUCCUCCUGAACCUCACAGUGGGCCAUAGAUCGGACCAUCGCACUUUUAUUUUAUGUCUGAUUUAGAUGGAGUUAUUAAUUUGCUGCUGUGAUAAGUGGGGUUUGAUUUUUACAUGCGACUGAUCUGUUAUUUAUUAAGAUAAUGGUUGCGUUUGGAGUUUUUAUCAGUUUGACUGAGAUUUAUAAUUGACACUAUGUUGGAUAGUGGACUCUUAAAGGAAUAGUACACCCCAAAAUGAAAAUUUGCUGAAAAUGUACUCACCCCCAGUACAUUGAAGAUGUAGAUGGGUUUGUUUCUUCAUUAGAACGGAUUUAGAGAAGUUUAGCAUUAGCUCACUAAUGGAUCCUCUGCAGUGAAUGGGUGCCGUCAGAAUGAGAGUCCAAACAGCUGAUAAAAAUAUAAUAAUGAUAAUAAAAUAUAAUAACGCUUUAUCCAGUUAUAAAGCCCAUGCCCUGUUGACCACUCACAUAAUUUUUGUUUAGAAUGGUAUUGAACUGUUUUCUUUAGUAAACAGUGCUUGAUCUGUGCAUAUUUCUCUCCUGAUUCAGACAAGAUGACUUUUUCACUUGAUAAAGCAAUGUCAUAAACAAAGAACUGGUUUAAAAACGUCUUCUUAAUGGAUUUGUUUCUCAAAUAUGCAGCUUUUUACCUCACAAGACAUUAAUUGUUGGACUGGAGUUGUGCUUUUUAACUUUCAUUCUGACGGCACCCAUUCACUCCAGAAAUUUGUAUUUUAUUAUACAUUUUCAUUUUUGUGUGAACCGUUCCUCUAAUAGCCCGAGAGUCUAGUUUUAGGCGUUUUAUGAGUUUUCUUUCAUCCCUGCAGCACUAAAUUUAAAAUUAAAAUAAAUGGUCAUUAAUUUGUUAAUAAAAACAAACUACAUUUGAUGACCUUCUAAUAUUAGUGUGCAUUUACGGUUAAGUUGCACUUUCUUGAUCAUAUGAAACAAGUUGUUAUACACACAAAAAAUAAAUUUAUGCCUAUUUAGCAAAUGAAAUCCAUUAAAAAAUGUAAUGAAAUCCUGAAUCAUAAUUUGAUGAAAGCAUCAGACAGAUCAUUUAGCUCUUCCAUUAUGUUCUCUUCUUAUCCAAAAUUGUAUAAUUUGUGUUGGUUUUAAACGCUCAUGGUAUGAAUCAUCUUCAUGAAAUGGUCUCUUAUUUUUAUGUGAAGCUAAACAAACGUUUUCUGCAUUGCUGUGAAUAAUAUAGUUCAUUAUAUUGAAGUAGUUUCUUUCAAACUCAGACAUGUUAGUUAGAGAGGUGCCUUUCCCACUCAUUGUGGUAGACUGAGUUUAAUGUAAUCAGAUUGGAGCACUUUUCUGACCUUGUGUGUAUUAUUGUUUGCAUGGCUGGGAGAAAGUAGGUCUCAGUUUUUUGUCAUGGACAUCGGUCACCCAGUUGGAUUUGUAAAUCGCUUUUGUUUUAGGAAAGUACAAGUGUGACAUUGUUCUCUGAAUCAAGGUGUAUUUUGGCUGAACAUAGUGUAUGUUUGUAACAAAACACAUGAGAUUGUUUUUAUAUGGCAGUGUUACCCCUGAAAUAAAAAAGGCAAGGGGAAUGUACCAACUUAGCAUUUGCCUGACAAUGUUUCUUUCUUUUUGUAAAUACAAUGUAUAACAGCUGUGUUCCUGUAUGACUUCACCUGUGACCUGUUUUGUUGAAUAAUCCUGUGUGCAAUAUUUAAAGGCAGUUCUCAUGUUGUUUUUACUGUUACCCGCUGACAUAGUUGUUAUUAAAUGAGUCUCGGUAGACUCAUCUGGCACUUUCUUCAUUGUAAUCCUAUGGAUGAAAAUAAAUCUGAAAUGGACAAUUUGA